AUGACAUUGACUAUAUUGAGAGUCAAUUUGACUCCUGAGAUUACUCCUAAUCUUGAAACAAAAAUCAUCUUUAAACCCAAAUCUUCAAAUCAAUCAUCCAAACACUCUAUAACUCAUUCUACCAAACACACUACAACCCAAUCUACCACUAAUACAUCUAAAUCUCCAUAUCCUACUGAUAUUAAUGGAUCAGAUUGUGAUGUAUUGGUUGGAGAUGAAAAUGAAAUAUUUGAAAUUAUAAAGACGAUAUUAAUGGAGCCGGGAGGUUUGAUAGCGAUACCAACAGAGACAGUUUAUGGAUUAGCGGGUAAUAUACAUUUGGAGAACUCAUUGUUACGGAUAUUUAGUAUUAAAGACAGACCAUUCAAUGAUCCUUUAAUAGUUCAUGUACACUCAUUUUUAUAUGCACUGAGACAUUUAUAUGAUGUCAACGAUGUUGAGGCGUUUUUAAUAUUAUUUUUAGCAGAGAAAUUUGCACCAGGACCGUUGACAAUUGUAGCACGUAAAGCUCAAUCUAUUUCACCACUGCUUACAAAUCAAACUGAUUUCAUAGCAGUCAGAUGCCCAAACAAUAAAGUUACACUCAAAUUAUUAGAGUUUAUACAAGUACCAUUAGCAGCACCCAGUGCUAAUAAGUUUGGACACAUCUCACCAACCUGUCCUGAACAUGUCAAAAAUGAAUUUCCAAAUGAAGAUUUAUACAUUUUAGAUGAUGGUAAUUGUACAAUAGGUAUAGAAUCCACUAUUAUUAAAUUAACUUCCAAUAAGUCUACAGUAGAUAGGGAUAGAGAUAGGGUUUAUGGAGAUGGAGAUAGGGAUAGGAAUAGGGUUAGGGAUUGGGAUAAUGAUAGUGAUACGGAUUCAGAUGGAGUUAGGGAUUCCAGUACUUUAGAUAGGGAUUAUGGAUCUAAUAAAUCUUCAAGAAGUUCUAUAGAUAAAUAUGAUAUGUUACAAAAAUUAAUUAAAUCCAAUAACACAUCAGAUUAUCAUACUGACCUUAGUACGGGUUACCGUAAUGACCUUAGUACGGGUUACCGUAAUAUCCUUUACAGUACAGGUGGUAAUGGUAAUAUAUUUGAUUUGGAGAAUUUUAAAAAUUGUAGAGCUGAAAUUGAAUUACUACGUAAAGGUUCAAUUACAUUACAAGAAAUUACUAAUACACUAUCACAAUUUCCAAAUAUUCAAAUCAAAGAUUAUACCAACUCUAGUACACUAAGUUCUAGUAACAUUAGUCCUAAAACACCCAGUACUAGUAAUAUUAGUCCUAAUACACUUAGUCCCAAUUCACUUAGUCCCAUGUCACUCAGUUCCAAUACCCUCAAUCCCCCUACUCUAAAUCCUACUAUCAAUAAUAUUAAUAUAUUAAGUGAUGUGGGUAGUACAUUGUAUAAUAAAUUGGAUAUACAAAUGCCUGGAAUGUUUAAAUCACAUUAUGCACCAUUGGUACCGACAUAUAUAAUAAAGAAGAUAGAAAUCCAAGUAAAAAAAUUGGAGUUACACAAGGGAACAAGUAAAAAUAGUACUUUGACAGGUGAUUUAACAUAUAAUUUGAACUUUGAUUAUGAAGAAGUUAAUUGUUCCAAUAUUAUUAUUAUUGAUAUUGGGAACCAGUUUCGCAAAUAUUCUCAUUUAUUCAAUUUAUAUCUACCACUCGGUUCUAACCCAAUUGAAGUUGCUAAUAAACUUUAUACUACAUUAAGAAAAGCUGAAUCUAAAGCUAUUCAAUCUACUGGUACUGGAGGUGUUGGUAUGGGAACUAAGGGUCCUAAUGGUACCAAAGGUCCUACUACAGGUACCAUAAGAGCAGGCACCGUAACUGAGGGAAAGGGAGCUAAUUCUACAGCUAUGGAGUGUACUAUGGGAAAGGGAGCUAAUGGUACUAAGGAUAGUACUAAAAGUCCUAUUACUAGUCCUAAAGGCUCUAUUACUAUUACUAAGGAUAUGAAUAAUAUAAAUUGUAUUCGUAUUAGAAAUAAAAUAAUAGCAAUAAAUUUUGGAGUAGAUAAUGAAAAGUUAUUUUCAGCAGUAUAUGACCGAAUAUUAAAAGCAUCAGCUGGUAAAAUUAUACAUUUACAUCAAGUUGAAAAUACCAUUAAAUUUCUCUUGUAUUAA